GGAAAGGUUUAUGCAUGAGCAGCCUGCCUACAUGUCUCUGCUAGGCUGGCGGUGUGAGGAGGAGUGUAGAUACGGCUGUAUGUGGAGAACUGUGGAGGAAAUUCAGCUGUCUGACCCGAGGGGGGAAAUACCACAGUUUUAUGGAAAGUGGCCGUUUGUCCGAGUGCUCGGCAUCCAGGAGCCAGCAUCAGUUCUCUUCUCCAUCCUGAACGGACUGGGCCAUGUUGUGAUGAUAGGGGUGUUCAGAAAAAGAGUGCCCAGUCAUGCUAAAAUGUACAGUGUGGUCCACUGGCUAGCUGCAGUUUCCAUCAACGCUUGGUUUUGGUCUGCUGUUUUUCACGCCAGGGACUUUUCUUGGACCGAGAAAAUGGACUACUUCUGUGCUACUUCACUAGUGGUGUUCCAACUCUUUAUGUUUUUUACCAGAUCCAGGUUUAAUGGUUUCGAAGAGUCCGCCAUAUUUGGAACCCUCCUUGCAGUCUUGUUCAGCACCCAUGUGUUCUACAUGGCCUUCGUUAAGUUUGACUAUGGCUACAACAUGGUGGCCAACGUGACAGUGGGUCAGCUCAAUGCCUUCUGUUGGCUGGGGUUCGCUUUCACAAAUGUGCAACAGCGAAGGUACAUGUGGAAGAUCAUCGCUACGAUAUUGUCCAUCAACUGCCUGUUGCUGCUAGAACUGGGGGACUUUCCUCCGAUUUGGUGGACGUUUGACGCCCACUCGCUGUGGCAUGCUGGGACAGUGCCGGUCGUACCAUUGUGUUACAGUUUCUUCAUAGAUGAGAGCCUGUACUUGUUGAGGGAAGCAGAGGAUACAGCUGUGUAAAGGACUAUGCAAGAGAUUUGGAUGUUUUUCCACCAUUUCUUAUAUUGAUAUAUAUAUAUAU